CCUCUCAGCGCCCAAACUUGACUGACAGUAGGCGGGGUUACUGUCGUGGAUAUACAACGAUUCCAUGCAUGUCUUUUUAUUAUUUUAUAUAUUUUGGUAACUCGUUGUUUGUCUUAAAAUGGUCUCUUUAAUUUCAACUAGCUCCAGCUUCUUAGUCAAAUCACUCGGCCUUUUGUGCAGUAAAUCGUUUGCAAGGUGCACCUGUGUGCUUCCUGCGAUAAGGUGCUUCAGUACCAGCAGUGAGAGACCACCUAAAAGGCCCCUGACUGGCUAUAUCCGAUACAUCAGGCAGCAACGACCCGUCUUCAUCAAACAGUACCCAGAUGUGAAGAAUGUGGAUAUAACCCGAAAAAUUGCCCAGGAGUGGAAAGCGUUGUCAUCUGAAGAAAAACGGCCAUUUCAGGAGGCUGCAGUUGCUGACAGGGAGCAAUACAAAGAGGAGAUGAUGAAAUUCAAAGCACAGUUAACUCCUGCCCAGACAGCUGCAUUGGAGGAGGAGAGAAGAGAGAAAAUAGCUAGAAGGAGGACAAUCAGGAAAAAACGGGAGUUGACGAUGCUGGGCAAACCCAAACGACCCAGGUCAGCUUUCAAUAUCUUCAUGGCUGAGCACUUCGAAGAGGCAAAAGGAGUAUCAAUGCAGGGCAAGAUGAAAUCAUUAUUUGAUGACUGGAGAAACUUACAUGCUUCACAGAAACAAGUCUACAUGCAGCUUGCAGAGGAUGAUAAAAUCCGGUACAGAAAUGAAAUUAAGUCUUGGGAGGAACAUAUGGUUGAAAUUGGGCGUGAAGACCUCAUUCGAAGGAAGAAAACCAAGCCAAAAACUACUGCUGAAGCAAAGGGAGUCACAAAGUCCAACGUACACAUAGUUAAGAGCAAAGGAACUGACAAGUCUGCAGAUACUAAAGUAGCACCUGGUUCAGAGAUAAAAAAGUCUCCAAGAAGGGUAAAGACUGAAGAGUGAUUGUGCAUAUAGGGAGUGAUAAAUUACCGUCCUAUUUGAAAAGAAACUUUGCUCUGCAUAAGAAGGUACUUUGUAUUAGCAUUUGCUCCGGAGAGUAGAAAUACUUGUCCAUGUAUUACCACUUGACACUGGUGCAAAUAAUGCUUGUCAAACUGUGAAACAUGUGGAAGGACUAUGGUCUGUAACAAAUCGUGAAGAAGGAAGAACAUAUUUUUCCAAAACUUAUUUGUUUUGCUUAUUUGCCAGAAGCAACAAAAAA